AUGGUCUGGGACUACUAUAAUGGCAAGAUUUUAUUCAUCACUGGCGGGACAGGAUUUGUAGGGACCACCCUCAUAUACCGACUUUUGACCAAGUCUACUCCAAAGCAUAUCUAUGUACUUUCUCGAGGCGGCUAUGUAAAGGCAAGGGCAAAAUGGCUGGCCAUGCUACCAACUGCAUUUGCCGACGUUCUUCUCAAAAGCGACUGCAUGACUAUUCUCGAUGGCGAAUUAGGAGAUACGGCAACAAUGAAUCUCUCUAAUGACGAGCUCCAGAUGCUGAAACGAAAAGUUCAUGUUAUCAUUCAUGCUGCAGCCUCAAUUGAGCUGAAGAACUCGCUCCGAGAACUGUCUUACACAGUCCUCGCGCCAACUUUGUGCUUGAUACAGUACGCUCUCAAGUUCGUCAAUCUUGAGCGCUUUGUCUUCCUCUCCACCGCCUAUGCCAAUGCUCAUUUAUGGAACACGAGUAAAUGCAUUGAUGUUGCAGUGGAGGAGAAAGUAUACCCGCUCGACGGUGCGACAAGCCCAUAUAAGAAUGCCAUGGAUGUGUGGAGCGAGGUGCUGAAGACAGGCUCAUCGGAUGAGUAUGAUGCUCAUGAUUUUCCUUGGCCAUACGCUUAUUCCAAGCACCUGGCUGAAAGACUCAUUCUGUUGAAGGCUGCCCAGAAAAGUGCUCUGGAUAAAAUUUUGAUCCUUCGCCCUUCCGUUGUCGGCCCAGCUGAUGAAUUUCCGUACCCGGGAUUUGCAACUUCCCACUCAACCCCGUCUACAGUCUGUGCAGCUGCUUAUGCGCUGCAUCCCGGCCGGAAGAUUCACCUUUCAACCCGUGUUGCAAAUCCUAGCGAGGAAGCCACUAUCGAUGAAGUUCCUGUCGAUGUGGUUGCCGAUCGGCUGCUCGUGCAUGUGGCCAUGGGCACAAGUGGUUGUGUUCAUGCAGUAAGUGGAGAGAAAGGUCGACUUCGCAUGCAAGACUGGUGGCAUGCAUUCAAAAGUGAGCGCCUCCUGCCUUGGAGUGUCAAGCCAGUCUGGUCAUCUGAUAGUUGGCACUCUCCGAAACUCCACAUCACUGCUCAGAUGUUCAAGAUUAUUGGGACUUCAUUUGCCUUUUCAGAGAAAAGAACUGAGGAAUUGGCAGAUAAGCUGAGUGAAGAAGAGACAGAACAUCUGAAACUGUUUGCUGAUCGCUCAAAGCCAUACUCUCACACCUUGGUUCAUCGAAGGCACCAUAUCACCCUCGUGGCGCGACAGAUCGCAAAGAAAAAGAAAUUGCCAGCAUGUCUAGUGAGGUUGCUGUGUCGGAAUGGAAAACCCCCGAUUUAUCUGAAUGAGAAAGUCAAGCGAUAA